GUCAAUAAAAAUACGCGGCGUGUCGGCGCAGAAGUAAGACAUACAUGACUGGUACAUAUUUAGACCAGCAAUUACAGGAUAUAGAUGUUUUUCUUUCUGCAGCAAGCAACCAUCACUUCCUGAUUGAGUUUUUGGAGGUCGGAGGUGUUUUAACCCUUUUAGAGAUCCUAGGACAAAAGCAGUCAAGGGAGGAGAUACAAGCGGAAGCUUUAAAGUUACUUCAGACUGUUGCCAAUGCUGGAAGGAAGUACAAAGAGCUAAUUUGUGAAAGCUAUGGUGUGCGAAUCAUCGCUGAAUGCUUAGCCCUGUCGAAGACUGAGGAGUCCCAGGACCAGGCCCGCUUCCUUCUGGAGUCACUGGCCCACGGAAACCCCAAGUACCAGAACCAGAUGUACAAGGGGCUAAUAGCACUGCUACCUUGCACCUCCCCCAAAGCACAGCAGCUAGCCCUGCAAACACUCCGGAUUGCACAGGUAAUUGUUAAGACAGUCCAUCCAAGUAUUGUGGAAGCUCUUCUGAAUUUGCUGAGAUCAUUGCACCUUAAAGUGCAAUAUAAAGCAAUUGAGCUGAUCAGAGAGCUGAUGCACUAUGAAGUCAGACCAGCAUUGCUAAAAGGCCUCGUUGCUUUGCUCAAGCCAUCCAGAGAGGAAAUUAGCAAACCUCAAAUUCUGAAUGUUCCAGUAAUGCAGAAACUAAAUGAAUCCCUGCCAGUGUUUGUUCAGCAAGCUGCUGCAGCGAAGGCCACUGGGAUCUUGGAGAUGGAGUCGCUUGAGUUCAUAGAGGAGCUAGACAACCUGAGAGUAGUGCACCACCUGCUAUGUGCCAUGGGCAACCAGUUAUCUACCCUUCUUUUCCAUUAUUUUGUCCGUAUCUUUCCUGUUGUGGAGGAGCAUGUGAAGAAAGCAAUGCGAGAAAGCCUUUUUGAGCUCUUCCUGGACAAUUCUGAGGUUUUAUAUAUGAAGAUGGAUGUAAUUCAAGCAGAUAUUCUGGCUUCAAACAAAAUCAACAUUACUGGAGUUCAUGAAGUCUCUGAAUGAUGUCACUGUCAAUAUAGUGGAAGAGUAUACACAUUUAAAAGUAUUUAUUGUUAAUACGUUUGUAAAAUAUGUACUAUUUUGAAUGGUUUGGGUUUAAUGUUUAACCAAUAUUAAAGAAAAAAGUUUUUUAUU